AUUAAAAUUAUGUUUUGUAGACAUGAAGUAUAGUCGCUGUUUUAAUAACGAGUAAACACUGAAUGCGAUUAACCUCUUUGAAGCAAAAUAUGAGGGGAAUACUUUUACUAUUUGUUUCAUUGUUGCUUGUUUUGUGUUGUCAAGGUGAAUUCUACAUAUCUACAGCGGAAUCACAUUGGUCCGAUGCCUCUUCCCACUGUACAAUGGCUAGUCCUUCAGACACCUACAGACCCACAGGUCAUUUGGACAUCUCGGGAAUAGAUAUACCAGAUAAGGAAUCUCUAUGGAUUGGUUACUAUAGAGUUGUUAGAGUUUUUGAAUAUCUUGACUGUGUAAAGCUUGACGAUUUCGCAAUGGACAAACAGCUGAAGACUUUGAAUAUCAAAGGUAGUCCAAGCCAGUGCUUCCCGGGUUGCGGAAACACCUCGAUCAUUGGAGUCACGCUUUCUAAGUGUUUUUGUAUUGGAGAAAAUUAUAAUGAGGCGAAUAGGUUUAAGGAAAAGAUCUGUACUACUCCAUGUGUUCAUCCUCAAGGCACAGCAUGUGGGUUGGAAAAUAAGAAUGGAUCGUAUCUGUCAGUGUAUAGGGUAAAUGAAAAUGCAACUCGGUUUCUAGAAACUGUUUCAACAGGUAAAGAAGGAAAUAACUGUCUCGUUUUCAAUCGAACUUGUAGAUACUUCGAAUGGAAAGGCUGCCGUCAGUUGUUUGAGGUUGGCUGUGAUACAGGACACAAGGCAUUAAACGUGAAAAGGAAGAGUACAUGGCUCGAAGCUACAAAUAUAUGUUUCGAAUACAGACUUAAUCCAACGUCAUAUGAAACAUCGAAAACAGAUGGGAACUAUUCGGAAACUUCCUUAUGGACUGGACUUAUAAAGAGUCAACAUAUUCACAAACAUGCAGAAAUCAAUGAUGGUGUGAGCCUGUAUGGGGACCCAGUGUUUGGUGUUUUGACAAAGACAUCUAAAGGCUAUUUAGUAAAAUUUGAGAGAGAUUCUAAAACGAGAAGGAUUCUGUGCCAAAGGCGAACACCUUCCAAAACCGAGAAUUCGACUAACACUUCUAUUGCGAUUGGGGUAAUACUGGCCGUCAUUGUUGUUGCAGUUGUUUUUGUUGUUGGGAUUUCCUAUAAAAAGAGAAAGAUGCCGAAACUGCAACAAAAGAAGAUACAUACUGCCUCGCCUGAAUACAGCUAUGCUGAAAUUUCGGUAUCUAAUGGGUCAGAAGAACCUCACCAGCCUAAUAACUACUAUAUUCUUGAACCACAUGCUAGGGAAUUGCCGACUUCCGAUGUAACUAGCAAUGAUGUAAUACAUUUGAAUGAUAACAUAGCUGACAUCUCUGAUAGAAGAAACUGUGAUAGGAAAAGAAGUAAUACAACAAACGAAUAUGACAAACUUGGUUCAAAGCAUCUUGAGGAAAGGAGAGAUAAUGAUAGUGUGUACAACAGACUUUAUAUAAGGAAUGGCGAAAGAGGAAUUCGUACUGAUAAUGUGUACAACAGACUUGACAUAAGAAAUGGUGUGUGAGGAAAGUAUAUUGAUAGCGUAUGACAAACUUGACAUACCUUGCAGGUGUUUUAAAAUAUUUAACGUUUUGGUAUGGAAAAUGGUGUGAAGACAGAAUUAUCUUAUACAAAUGACGGGUAAUAAUGCUGAACCUAUGAAUUUCAAGAAGAAUAAAUAUAGGGAUAAAGAUUUGUGGCAUUCAUGAUUUACUUGACUACAUCGUAUUUUCUCCUAUCCUAUUUUUUCAAAAGUUUAUAUGUUUUAUUUUAAAAAGCGCCCGAUAUGUUAAAAUUCAGAAUGUUACAAUAUUAAUACAAAUAUAUGUUACAAUAUUAAUACAAGAACUUACAAUAUUAAUACAAGAACUUACAAUAUUAAUAGAUGUUACAAUAUUAAUACAAGAACAUACAAUAUUAAUACAAAUAUAUGUUACAAUGUUAAAACAAAAACUUACAAUAUUAAUAUAAAUAUAUGUUAAAGAUGUGCAGUUGAAGUUUGAAUUUGAAGAUCAGGCUUUGUACGAUUGUAGCGGGCAAUCUGCUAAAAAUAAAUCUGAAAAUGAAGCAUUUUCAACCUUCGAUCGCCUGUAACGAGACAUGCAAAUCAUAGUUCUUAUUACUUUAAUACUUUUUUUUAAAUUCACUGUUCAAAAGAAAACUUUGCCUCUUUGUUUGUGUGUUUGUAACAUUUGUAUUAAAUGAUUGGUCCUGCUCAUUCCAUGCACUCAAUGGAAGUUGUUCCAUUUCGAUCUUUUCAGAUUGUUCAGCGCGACAAAUGUGUUGUGUUAAAGUAGUUUUCCAAUUUAAACAUUUCGGAUUAGUACCUUUCGUAGUUUUGGGUAUUGUAUAAUCACCCUUUAGAUACGGUGCCUACUUUGUCUUUUGACAGUGUCUCCUUAACCUCGGAUUCCCUUUCUGAAAUUUAGUUUGUUUAGUUCUGCCCAUAGUUUUCUAGCUUAGGAUAGUCUUACUAUUUUAACAGGGAACAAUACGACGUUGUUUAUCGUCGAAUGGCGCUCCUGUGUGCUAUUUAAGAUUCCAUUUCAUACUACCUUAUGAACACAUGUACGGAUGUCUUGUAGCAUGUGUAAAUGUUGAAUUCUGCUGAACCCGCGGCUAGAGGGCAUGAAUGAUAGCAUGCACUUGCAGUAUCGUCCAUAAGUCUGUGCGUUUCCACUUUUCAAGCUUUAUCAUUUCCGUAAUGUAAGACAUUUGUUAUGUCCCUACGAGAUUGCGCUUAAAAUCUAUAUUAAUUGAUGAACUUUAUCUAAAAUUGCUAAAAAUAUUUAGUAUGCUGGGCAAAUUGGAGUUUAAAGAGUCCUUUAAUAGUAUGAAUACCAAGGCAAAACUGCGCUCAAAACAUGCACAAAGAAAUGUUAAUAAAAUCUGUAAAAUGAUUCCUUUGGAAUCAUAUAGAAUGCAACCAAAAAAGAAAAAAGUGCUAGCGUGAGAGACGACAGGUAUACUACCUCUCCGCAAGGUGUUGCGACUUCUCCUCCGUUCUCUUUCCUUUACUGUGCAUCUGCUACAUAGUGAUGUCACGUUCAAUAGUAACUUCCUUCAAAGCAUUGUAAAAUCUGAAGACUACGAAAGGGUAAAUGUUGAUGUUGAAGGUGAAGAUCCAUGCCAUCUCUUAUACCGUUAUCUGAAGAACCCCUUUUCGCAUAUGGAAAUUCUUAAUGAAAAGGACUUAUACUUGACAAAACAUUUGUUUUCACAUAGUCAUGAUUAAGCCACAUACCUCAAGCUAAAAUAAUGUUUUACUUGACCUUAAGCCUGUUGGUGGCAGGUGAAUCUGCUUUUGCGAACAGUGCAGACCAAGAUCAGCCUACUUAUCCUGGUCCGCAGCGUUCGAACUUCAGUCAGUAAAUUUUCCCUUUUGAAUAAUAAGUGGUAUUGUCCAAAUUGAAUGAUAGACCAUUCCAUUUUAGAAAUUUAGUAGGGUAAAGGUUAAAGAAAAAAUCUUUGCCUACUUCACCGUUCAUAAACAUUUUCCUGUCCCAAAUGAACCUUUUUCACUUCAGAAUUGAGUAAUAUAAAUAACUGAAUGGAACUUUUAGUAAAUUUGCGUUGAUAAAAAAGAAGACCACAUAUCCAACUGACAUUUUUAUCAAAUAUUUGUCUUACAUAAACUUUUUUUCCACGGAAAACGAGAAAUUAUCUCUGAAAAAAUAUGCAUUUUUCAAGUUAAUGCAUCAUCGAACAUGAUUUUAUAAACAAUAACUGUUUAAUGUUACAUUUGUACUUUUUUUAUUUCAGUAAGAAUAUCAUAUUUAUUUACAAACUGAAGAUCAAAUAAAGUCUUCUAUCGUAGGUCGAUUGUGAUUUAAUUGAUGUUUAAGGUAGUUCUGCACGUUUGAUUAAACGGAAGUAAUAACAUAACGUAGAAAUAAACCUGGAAACGAAAAUCAUUUUAUAAAUUUUUGACAACCUGUGAUUUAAAUUAUUACAACGGCAAAGUUUCUAUCUUUCUCGAUAUAAGAUAUGAUAUUAAAAAGUUUGAAACUUUCAAAAAAUCUCAAAUAUAGUCUUAAUAUCAGCUUGACUGUUCGGAGGCAAAUAUACAUUUCACCAUAAUUAUGCUGUUUAUAAUUAUGUGACGUUUUGUUUUCAUCUUCAUUGUUUCAUUGUAGAAAAAAUGUAAUUGCGAAAAUGCCAUCAUCAUUAUCAUUUUUCCAUAAACUCCAAUCAUUACAACUUAUGAGAAGUCGAACAAUUUUCAAAUCAACCUAGCAAAAAAUCAAUCAUAUGACCCUACGUCUUUUAUUUGCCGAAUUUUUCUAAGUAUAUUCUGAAGUUUUGAAAAAAAAAUCAGAAUUUAAUUUCAUAAUCAAAUUCUUUAAUGUAGAAAAUCUCUGAUCCGAAUGUGCAGAACUACCUUAAUUGGAUAACCUUGCUAUCUACUUUUAUCUGUGAUAGAUAUCCAUUAUUUGGGUGAUACUGUCUGCUUUGAUCUUAGACCAUUGACAAUGCGCCAUGCACUUCAGUAGACGUUUAUCACCUUAAGUAAUUACAAUUCAACGCUUAAUUAAGUUAAUGUGGCGGCUUACUUCCAGGAAUUAUAACGGUAAGUUGCUCCAACAUAUACUCUAAUUUGAGAAAUAUGAAUAAAAAUGAAACAAG